AUGCGCCGGGGGGCAGCGCCACAUCCUUCGGCGGCCGUCCGCGUCACACAGAGUGUGACGGUGGUUCCGCCUUCAGCCCCCCUGGCAGGAGCAACCAGUACUGCUCCGCCCCCUGCCACGAAGGGCCAGCAGACCUCUGUGCCUGCCGGUCCCAGGGCCACUGCUCAUGCAGGCAGGCCCGAAAAACCCCCGAGUGUGCCCGCUGCGUGGACGUCAUCCAACGCCUCUGAAGAGGCGAUGGAUGGUCAAAGCAGUCGUCCUGUGCCAACAACUACCGAGGAUGGCAAGUCUCAGCAAGGACACCUCCACCACUGUGAUCGCUGUGACUAUAAAACUAGAUAUCGGUCCGAUCUGAAAGUGCACAUUAGGGUCCACACAGGCGAGCGUCCCUUUCAGUGCCCUUUGUGCUCUUCCAGCUUCUCACGCACAGCCCAACUGAAUGUUCAUUUGCGCGUUCACACAGGCAAGAGGCCAUUUCAGUGCCCUUCAUGCCCUAAGAGCUUCUCACAAAGUGCCAAUCUUAAAAGACACCUGCGUGUCCACACUGGUGAGCGGCCGUAUAAAUGCCAUUUGUGCCCUCAGAGCUUCUCACGGAGAUCCGUUCUCAAUACUCAUUUGUGCAUCCACGCAGGCGAGCGGCCAUAUCAGUGCCCCUCGUGCACUCAGACUUUUGUGUCUAGGAGUCAUCUGAAUGUUCACCUACGUAUCCACUCGGGCGAGCGACCAUACCGCUGCACCAUCUGCUCCAAGUCCUUUGCACAGAGCUUCUCUUUGAGUUAUCAUAAAUUGGUCCACACAGGCGAGCGUCCCUUUCAGUGCCCUUUGUGCUCUUCCAGCUUCUCACGCACAACCCAACUGAAUGUUCAUUUGCGCGUUCACACAGGCAAGAGGCCAUUUCAGUGCCCUUCAUGCCCUAAGAGCUUCUCACAAAGUGCCAAUCUUAAAAGACACCUGCGUGUCCACACUGGUGAGCGGCCGUAUAAAUGCCAUUUGUGCCCUCAGAGCUUCUCACGGAGAUCCGUUCUCAAUACUCAUUUGUGCAUCCACGCAGGCGAGCGGCCAUAUCAGUGCCCCUCGUGCACUCAGACUUUUGUGUCUAGGAGUCAUCUGAAUGUUCACCUACGUAUCCACUCGGGCGAGCGACCAUACCGCUGCACCAUCUGCUCCAAGUCCUUUGCACAGUCUAAUCACUUGAAAAAACACAUGAAAACACUGCUCCAUGACAGCCCUGAGUAAUUCACCAAACUUGUAGGUGUGCGUUAUGUAUUACGCAGAGUCUAAAAUUAUGAAUGUACAUACCUGUGCAGUAUGCUGCAUGGCAUUGUGAUGCAUCAGGAAGCAAGUGUUGAUAUGUUUUAUAUGUUAAACUGCCAAGCGACUUCAUGAGAUAUUUUGGCAUAAUCUAACAAGUUGCAGAAAGAGUGGGCAGAUAUUGCUUUCUUUCAUGAAAAGUAUCCCUUCAUGCGCAGGCAUAACAAAUUGAGAAGCAAUCAUCCCUCAACUUUGCCUUCCAAACACUGCUGUUUGCAUUGAGAUAGUCGGGAUAAAUUGUGAAUAUUAGGCCAGUCAUCGGGACUUGUUGGUCUCCUCCAAAUAAACUGCUGCCUGAAUGAAGAUUCUUGUAAGUUAAAUGGUGCCUCACCAGGUUUGGGCAUCGAUAACAUGCAAACAUGGUGGAUUGGUCACACAAUGACAUUUAUUCAGUAAACUAUGAAACCAUUCCACAGCACGAAAACACCUCAAAUCUUAAAAUAUAAGCCUGUGUGUGCUUCUUCUUCUGGGGGGAGUCCAGAAGCGUCUUGGUGGGGAAUCAAGGUCACACACAUAAAGUCCUCACGAGUCACAGCCAAUGUCCGAUUUUUUGGACUUCCUAGGCACUGAGAAAAUGUUGUAAAAUGAUGCAGUCCGAAAAAACUAAUCUGUGGCUUUUACUGGGCUCAAGGGCUCAAAUUUCCACAACUACGUCCAAAGUUGCUCUGAAGGCCUGCCAGUACACUUAUUUGGUAUCUCAUACUGUGAGAGGAAAUGGCGUGUGUAAUCAUUAAGGCACAUAUACAUCUGCCUUGUGACAGUGGCCCCUUUCCACUCUUUGUAUGCUUCACCGCAAUACAUUGCAUAUGUUUGAUCACAUACUGUUGUACUGCGGCGAAGCUUACUUUUGUGAAUCGGCAUUAUGCAACGAGACUUGCUAUGCUUUCCACACUGCGAAGCUAUCGGCAGGAACGAUGAAAUUGGAAUCUGUCCCAUUUUGGACAGUGGUGGAUACUUUCCAUAAAAACACGGCAAACAAUGCAAAAAGAAGGAACCUGGGGGCUCGUGAUAUAUAAAUGUGAUGUCGUUUCUCGUCUUGGGUAUUGGAGAAGGCUACAAAGAAAUGGGACUUGCAGACACUACUCGAGGUAAAAGGGGUGUCUAUGUUAGCAGCGAAGCUCGCCUCCUCGCAACAUGGUGACCUCACAUUUCAAUUCAUUCUAUCUUCUCUAAUAAUGAACCAGUUUUAAAGAUUAUUGCGGUGAAAUGUACCCCAAACGGAUCUUUACAAGUUCCAGUUUCUAAGCAAAAUUUCCGAUGGCGCCUAGUGGGUGGCGUUUUAAGAGGUGUAUACUUAUGUGCACCGGAAAAGCUGACUGCUUAUGGUUUUUGUCCCAGAUGAAGAUGAAUUUUUCGUCAACUGUGAAGCUUUCUUUCUGAUAAACUUGUAAAGAUUUCCUUUAGAGUUUCAUACUACAGUCAGGUUGAUGACAAUUUUUUCCUUUCAUAUUUUUAUUAAGUGUUAAAGGGGCCUUGUAACACUUCUUGAACAUUGUAAGAAAACGUUGCUGAUCUGUAAAAGAGGCUCCUGUGAACAUAUUAGCCAAAUAUUAUUGCAAUAUGGGCAGCUGGGAAUUUUCAAUGUCUUGUCAAAAUCUGUGUAAAAUCGCUUGCUCUCACCUCCACUAUGUCGUCAUGCAGCGUCAUCUCAUAAGCUCGGCCCAACAGCUCUUGGCUGCUUUUGUGAUUGUGCAAACAUUCUCAGUACUAAUACUAUAAUUGCCAAUUUUGAGGUAAAUGAAUGAAAUAUAUAUAUAUAUGUCUGUGAUCUUCAUCUUUGCUCUGCCGGUCUAUAAACAACAGUUGCAUAGCCGUGCGUGCUGUGUAGUGUUGUCUAACGUGGCCGCCUCCGAUUGCUGCCACGAAUCCUCUUGCCACCGAGACACUCAGUUUUUGGGGAAGGCACUAGUGGAGACAAAAGGAGAGAGAAAGGCACUCAUCAUUGCAAUAACUACGUGUAAGUUAACAUAUACUUGAAGGAUUCUGAAAAAACAAUUUCGACAUUGCGGAAAUAUAAUUUAAUAGUGAGGUCAUUCUACGUUGAGCUAGAAAAGUCUUUCAGGGGCUCUUUAUUCCUCUCAGCUACAGGAAGGACUUUGGUACAACCAGGAUGGGGGUGCCUUGUUCUUUUGGAGCUAAAGAGUAUUUCCUAGUCAAGAACCUAUGGGUCCACUCGUGGAAGAACCUGUUUACGUCAGUUUGCCACUUUCUAAUUGUUGCACCUUGAGACAUUCUUAUGGUAAUCACUCUUGAAACACUCUUAGGAGCUUAGGGUAAUAGCAUCAAAGCAUAUUUUGCGUCUAUCCACUGACCAUAAAGAAUGUACCGACAGGAUGCCAAGCAGACGCUGAGCAGAUGACACGGGAUGUACGAGCAUGUCUCAAGAGGAUUAGUCGAGAAUUCAUGUUUCCACAGUGGUGCAAGGAACUACUGAGAUAGAGUAUAGUACUUACUGACAUUUCGACCAUUGCAGCAGGAGGGGAAUAAGACAUUUCAUAUUCAGCUCCGAUCGGUAACAUGGCAACCGUAUUUUUCUUGAAAGAGGCUGUGCAUUUAGUAUUGUGCCUUGUGCCUUGUGGCUGGUCUAAGAGGUUCAUUAUUGGCUACACGUUUGUUCCCUACCUUCUUUGCCUACAUGUGAAUCACUAGUACAUAAGGAGUGCUAUAUUCGCAACCUCACUGUAUAGGAUUUGCAAGAUGUAAAGUAGCUUUCGUUAGUGGGUGUACCUUUGGGAAUUUUCUUUCAUGUGUGUGACUGGUACUUCCAGUUUAUGUUGUGUGGGCAUAAAAAGAUGUGAUCUGUUCUAUUCACCCCUCAUUUUUAUUGCAUUUUGUCUUUUCUGGAGGACUAUAUCAAUCACUGUUCUUGAUGAGUGCAUUGCUAAUAUUGUUUACGUGUUUUCUUUUUGUUUGCAACUAUAAUGAUAACCUCUGCUGCUACCAUUCCUAAUAAACAGUCUUUU